UGAACUAACUCUUUAAAAUUACAGCACUUUCUAUAAACACACAUUUAAAGAAUCCUGCUUUCUUUCUUCUUUACUAUCUAAAGCUUACUUUUACACUUGGCAUAGAGAUUAUGAAUAUUGGCUCUUGUACGAUAAAACGCUUGUGAUGUUCUUCAUUUGUAAGUAGCUUUGGAUAAAAGCAUCUGCUAAAUGAUUAAAUGUAACGAUUGGGUUGCUAAAUUUCCUUUGGGUUUUUACAAUGACUUUAAAUGGCUCAUCCAAUAAGAACAGCCAGUCCAGUCAGAACUGUUUUAUAAUAUUAGUUACACUGUUUAGAGACUUUUGUUUUCAAACUGUUACAUAAUGUGAAGUUGGUUUUGAACUCAUGCCAGCCUUUUGUUCAAAUAAUCAUCUUUUGGAUUGUGUCCAUCAAGUAAAAAGAGAAAAGAGUCAAAAGAGAUGAAGUACCAUUCAGUUGUUGUUCAAAAACUAAACUAAAAUAAAAGGUAUAAAUAUGUUCAAAAUAAUACGUUAUUAAAAUAUUGAUAUUUUUAUUAAAUUUCAACUAUAAUAGAACUUACCAUUACCAUAAUACAAAAUGUAUUAAAAAUGAUUUUGUCAUUCCACAAACCCCUAUGGCAUAUGAGAUUUUUUUGACCGCCUUAACCACAGAGAUGUUAGUCUUUCAUAAUAUAAUUACCAUUUCAAUUCACCUCAUAAUAAAACAUGCCCUUCCCAAAUGCUUUACAUAACCCUGAUUUGCAUCUACAACAUCAUGUUCAAAUUGUGUUCCUUUGGCACUCUUUCAGUCUGGAAGCCCAUCCGCGCAGGCAGCGCAGUGCGUCCGCGACACGCUUGGAGAGAAACGGGACGCGGGUCGCGCUCAAUCCCAACAGUAGAUGGCAGCAGCCCAAGAAAGCUGAUCCCGUCAGGUUCACCCUACUCUGCCUCUCAGUUGUGCAGCAGCACUCGCACUGGAGGCAGCGGUGGUUUGAGGGACGUCCAAUGAAACAGAAGAGCCGCCAGCUGCUCCUUUCGACUUUUACGCGUAGACUGUCCUCCGCACCCGGAGACAGCACGUUCUGAAACCGCCAUGGAAGACAAAUCCAAUUCGUUCUCGAGCAACAAAGAGGAGAAAGUGGAUGGGAAUAAUGUGUUCCAAAGGCAAGACUCGAUCUUGAAGAACAGCAUGGGGAGCCAGAACAUGAAAGACCACGGCAACUCAGUGGGUGUCAAGGGGGACCGGGAAGAAGCCAUGGUCGGUUUUGACGAUAUAGACGCCGCGUCCAGGCAAUCCGGGUUUAUGCAGCGGCAAUUUGGAGCCAUGAUGCAGCCCGGGGUGAAUAAGUUCUCCUUGCGGAUGUUCGGGAGUCAGAAAGCCGUGGAGAAAGAGCAGGAGAGAGUGCAGACGGCUGGAUAUUGGAUCAUUCACCCCUAUAGUGAUUUUAGGUUCUACUGGGACUUGAUAAUGCUCAUCAUGAUGAUGGGGAAUCUUAUUAUCAUUCCUGUGGGAAUUACCUUCUUUUCCGAGCAAACCACCACCACCUGGCUCGUCUUCAAUGUGGCCUCGGACACCAUAUUCCUGGUGGACCUGGUCAUGAACUUCCGAACGGGAAUUGUGAACGAGGAGAGCUCGGAGAUCAUCUUGGACCCAAAGGUCAUUAAGAUGAACUACCUGAAGAGUUGGUUCGUGGUAGACUUCCUGUCCUCCAUCCCAGUGGAUUAUAUCUUUCUAAUAGUGGAGAAAGGCUUCGAUUCGGAGGUCUACAAGACGGCCCGAGCGCUGCGUAUCGUACGCUUCACCAAAAUCCUCAGCUUGCUCCGUCUUCUCAGGCUUUCACGCCUCAUCAGAUACAUCCACCAGUGGGAGGAGAUUUUUCAUAUGACGUAUGACCUGGCGAGUGCAGUGGUAAGAAUCUUUAAUCUGAUUGGCAUGAUGUUGUUGCUGUGUCACUGGGACGGAUGCCUGCAGUUCCUGGUGCCCCUCCUGCAAGACUUCCCUCCUGAUUGCUGGGUGUCCUUAAACGGUAUGGUUAACGACUCCUGGGGAAAGCAGUACUCUUACGCCCUAUUUAAGGCCAUGAGUCACAUGCUGUGUAUUGGGUAUGGAGCCAGGGCGCCCGUCAGCAUGUCAGACCUUUGGAUCACCAUGCUUAGUAUGAUUGUAGGCGCUACCUGUUACGCCAUGUUUGUGGGCCACGCCACAGCUCUCAUCCAGUCUCUGGACUCGUCUCGACGACAGUACCAAGAGAAGUACAAGCAAGUGGAGCAGUACAUGUCCUUCCACAAGCUGCCUGCUGACAUGCGGCAGAAAAUCCACGAUUACUAUGAACAUCGCUACCAGGGAAAAAUCUUCGAUGAGGACAGCAUACUUAACGAGCUCAACGACCCACUCAAGGAGGAAAUUGUGAACUUCAACUGUCGCAAGUUGGUGGCCACUAUGCCCCUGUUUGCAAAUGCAGACCCUAACUUUGUGACGGGAAUGCUGAGUAAGCUAAAGUUUGAGGUCUUCCAGCCCAACGAUUACAUUAUUCGUGAGGGAACCGUGGGUAAAAAGAUGUACUUCAUACAGCAUGGAGUGGCCAGCGUCAUUACCAAAUUCAGCAAAGAGCUGAAACUCACAGACGGAUCAUACUUUGGAGAGAUCUGCCUGUUGACGAAGGGUCGUCGUACAGCUAGCGUCCGCGCUGACACCUACUGCCGACUUUUCUCGCUGUCUGUGGACCAUUUCAACGAAGUCUUGGAGGAAUAUCCCAUGAUGCGGCGCGCUUUCGAAACAGUGGCAAUCGACCGCUUGGACCGCAUCGGGAAGAAGAACUCACUCCUGCUCCAGAAAUUUCAGAAGGAUCUGAACGCUGGCGUCUUCAACACUCAGGAGAACGAGCUGCUGAAGCAGAUCAUUCGGCAGGACCGAGAGAUGGUGAUGAUGGUGGAUCGGAAGCAAUCGGUCACGGGGAUGAACUCCACGCCGAUGUCUGGAAACUCCAUCAUUAACUCUCCUGCUCAGCCACCGUUUACUACAGCGACAGCUAUUCUUGGGAACAACCAAUUACAGCAGCAGGCCGCCCCACUAAGCUACAGCACCUCCGCCACUAUAACCCCAUUAGGCCGCGUGCCGCCCUCACAGGGCGUCACGUUUUCGGCGCCGAGCGUUUCUCACGGUAACUUGAGCACCUCUUCCCAGAAUCCCCCUACGCCCUUGCAGCAACCGGUGGGGGCGAUCAUGUCCCCUUGUUCGUUCACCACAUCCAUUUGCAGUCCCCCGGUGCAGACCCCUAUAGCCAGCCGAACAUUCCAGUACGGAUCGCCGACGGCCUCCCAACUGUCCCUUGUACAGCAACCCUUACCCCAGCAGUCCUCGCCCGGCUCCAUACCACAACAACCGGCGCAACAACAGCCGCAGCAAUCGCAAGGGGCGUCCCCUCAGAGAAGCGAUGUCCACAAGAGCGCACAGGUGCUCCAGUCAGGCAGCCUGAGCAAGGACUUACGCCACCUCUCUGCCUCGCAGCCGUCACUGCCCCACGAGACCUCAUUGGCUGCCCGAGCACACCCCACAUCAGGCGAAUCACUCGCUUCCAUUCAGCCACCCAUGGGAUCCGCGGCAGGCGUCCAGGCCCCGGGCUCCGUGCUGCAAAGCGGCAUCCGUACCAACGUCCCACAGAGGGUCGCCCUUUUCCGGCAGAUGUCAUCGGGCGCGUUACCGCCGGUGCGCAUGGCGCCUUCUAGUGCCCAGCACAGGGAUUCCACGGGCUCCAGGAGAGAGUCGGCAGUCUUAAGCAGUACAGAGACGGAACAAGACAAGAUGCGGUUCGCAUCGAAUUUAUGAUCCCAUUUUACUUUUUUCACAUUCAUUUUUUUUUAAAAGAUUGAUUUUUAUGGAGAGACAAAAAAUGGGGAAAAGACUUGUAUUUUUUUUCCUCCAACUUCCUCUGAGAAAAAAUAACCUCAUAGCUAUCCUGUACAGAAUUUCCUUGUACUAUAUUUUAGACACACUUCCCCUUCAACUUAAGAAUGUAUAUUAUACAAAUAUAUAUGUGUGAAUCCAACUAGAAUAUUUGGCAUUGACCAUAUGGGAAAAAAAAAAAAAACUCUAGUAUAAACGCAAGUCUUCCUCUCUAACAUAUGUGACUUUAACGUGUCUGAAGAUGUUCUUUUCUGUUGACGUUUUUCAUUACAGUUCAGAUUUUUCGUUUUUGGUACGGGAAUGCAAUGAUGUUUUUGAAUGUGUUUUUGUUGAAUUUUUGUUCUCGACGAGAAGAUGAUAAAACAAGUCCAGCACUCAGCAGCUUUUGGCAUCACUGUGGAAAAUGUUUGCGCAAAACGAACCUGGGAAAUACUGACAUGUUUAAAAAGCACAUCUACAAACUUUUACCGGCUGGAAAAAAAAAAAGAUAAUAUCAGAAAAUACUCGGCGCACCAAAUCAAGGUGCAAUUUCGACAUCUGCAAUACUUCGUGUUGUGCAGUAAUUGCGUUGUGUUUCAAGACAGCCUUUGUGCAUUAAAGGGAAUAAAUGUAUUUAUUUUAUUUUUUUUUUCUGUUUUUUUUAUUUUAAUUUAGUUUAUUUUUACAAAGGGUGUGUGGUCAAAUCGGAUGGUUUUAUUUUCUAUAUCUGAUUUCAGAACGAGACAGACAUUAUGAAAUGUCACUUAAAGACUGUACAUUUACAAUAUUUAUAAAACUAAAGAUUAUCACCAUUAUGCAAUAGACUGUGAUAUAAAGAUUACCUAUAUGUGUGUUGUACAUAGUUUUGUAGAAAUAGUAUUUAAAAAAAGUAAUGUGUGGUGCAUUUCAACAUGGCAAUGUCUUAUCUCUGUCAGCCGCCUGGGUAAUGUCUAUAUAUGCAUAUAUAUAAAUAUAUAUUCAAAUGGUAAUAUGUGACAACAAACAUCAGAAACAAUCAUUAGAGAUAAGAAAACCUUAAUGCAAAUAGUAGCACUAUACUGUAGGUAGCACUAUAUGUAUUCCAAAAUAUCUUGCUGGUCAAAUGUAAAGGUAUACGAGUGGGGUUUGGGGGGGGGAUUCAUCAUCAACAUCAUCAGCUUAUCAGCAGCAAAGCUUAAUGCAAAUGUUACAUCAUCAUUUACAUUUUACAAUCCGUAAAUGGAAAUCAAAUUGAACAUUUCCUGGGCUGACGUAACAUAAGGAAGCCACCAGCUGUCUGACGCUUUCUUUUAUGAUAGUUUUAUAUUAAUAGUGUUCAUCUCAUAUCAGUAUUAUGUACACACUACUCUAACGUCAUACUAUUACAUAGAACUGGAUGUUCUGCAUUUUCCAUUAUUUUUCAUAUUUAAAGACUGUGAAAGCAUACCAUUUAUUUAUGUAUUUAUUUCACUGAAUGUACAAAAACAUCAACCUUUAAUUUUAACCUUUAUGCAACAUAAAAAUCUGUAAACCGAUGGCACUGCAGACACAACACAAUUAUCCAAGCAGAAACUAUUCUGCAUUUUUUACAAGAGUAAUUAUGUGAAUCCAACAAAGUGUCAGAGAGAAUAGAUGGACAAAAUAUAGAUAUUCAAAGAAAGUAAAACAGAAGCUGCUUUGCAUUAAGGUUUUUAUCUCUCCCGUUCGUCGAUUCAUCCAGUCUGGGGCUUAAGACUUUGAAACGGCAUGUCAGUCGCCCGUAUUGGGCGUAACUAGAGGUAACUAGCAGCUGUGACUUAUUUGACUAUUUUAAUUUAUUCUUACAAUACUGCUACCGAAAUUCGGUAGACUAAAGCAAAAACUCAUCUGACCUGUGCAAAGUCUCCAAGCCCCCUUGCACAAUGUCAAAAAAAAAAAAAAGAAAAACCCCACUUGUGUCAGUAGUACCGUACCAGUGCAAAUCCCAUACAGCGACCAUAAACGCAUGCAUUAACAUAAAUACUUAAAAAGAGAAACUAUUUAAAAAAUGUUGAGAUUUAAAUGUAUUGUGAGAUUAUGUUUUUUUGUUUAUUGUCUGCCUAGACGUUCUCUGUGUAUCAGAAACAUUGAAUUUUCACGAAAAGGACAUUCUUAAGUAUUUGUGCCUAAACUAUAGCCAUGUUUCAUCCUGUUCCUUUCAUGAGUGUGACUCGUGUGUGUGUGUGCGCGCUCGCACACGUGUAUGUAAACAAGUGUAUACGUAUUUGUUCAAUGUUUUUCAAUGAGAACAAAAAGCAAUGGGAAUGGCCAAAAGUAUCGGAUCAAAAAGAAAAAAUGGGAUCGCAGCGGUCUUUGCUUGGCAUAUGCGAUUAACAAACUAGUGAAAAUACCAAGUAUAUCUAUCCGCAUUUAACAAACUAAUCAGUAUCGACUGGAAUCACGACAGAUCCUGGGAAUGGUUAAAUGUGUGUGGGACUAAACUUUAUAGCCACUGAUGUUGUGUGGAAUGAAACUGGCCAAAGCGAAACAUUUCAAACUUUCAUUGUGAAUUGCACUUUCUGUUUAAAGAGAGAGAGAGAGAAAUCUAGAAGCAGAAACAUAUACUGUACAUUAGUUGGUUAACUAAAGGGGUUGAAUACAACAAAAAGUGUUUAACUCCUGCUAUGCCAUAGUGUAUAGAAACUAGUGUACAGAUAUCUGCUACUUUUUGAUACUGUACUUGCCUUUGGAGGGGAACGCUUCCCGUGUUAAUGUGCUUUUUCCUCUCAGCUUUAAAUACUGUUAGAAUGGGAAGGAGAGACACUCAUACAACAAUACACAAAAAAAAAAAAAAAAAUGCUGUCACUUUCUGAGGAGGCGUUUAAGAAAACCAGCACAUAUCUUCGUAUGUUUGUUUGUUUUUUAUUUAUUUUUAUCAUAUAUUUGUGUUUAUGUCAUGGGAAAUGAACAAUGCAAAAGAACAAGAGGGAAGAGUGAUGUUUUAAUAAAGGGAAAAAACUAAAUGUUUGGUUUGCAGCCUCUACGAUUCAGGUGAAAUUAUUUUGUUUGAUGUGUUCUAUGAUGUGAUGCAAAUGAUGGAAGAUUCUAGAACAGGCCUCAAGCUCUUAAUCUCAGCUGAUUUUUUUUCCCAUUAUGCUCGUUCAUGCAUACCGACGCUUGGUUUAAAAAAAAAAAAAAAGAAAAAAAGAGAAAAAACGGGGACAAAAAUCAUUCAAUAAAUAACAAAACAUGAACAAUUAGUUACUUGAUCCUGAAUAAAGAAAGGUAAAUGUAUACUUUCUUAUACAUAUAUGCAGACAAACGGUGUUUGUCAAAAAAUUACUUUGAUUUUCUUUUUUGUUUCUUUGUAAAUAAUAAACCUUUAAAAUAUAGAGAAAAAAUAAAAGAACUAUUGCCAUUUA